AUUGGCGAUGGAGGCCGUGGGCCGCCGCCUCGCCUACUCCGUGCACAAGUGGUCGAGCUACUCGGCCUCCUACGUGCCCGAGUGAGUCUGUGAUCGCGCCGCGACGAGGUUGCUGUCUACCCCUGCGCCAGUGCGAAGUGACGCCAAUUGCUUCAAACAUCCUCGUGGACAUCUCCAACGACCAGUCGUCACGAUGGUCCUCGGACAGCAACCACCCUCCGCAGUUCCUACUGCUGAAGCUGGCACGCACGGCCGUGGUGCAGAGCAUCACGUUUGGCAAGUACGAGAAGACGCAUGUGUGCAACCUCAAAAAGUUCAAGAUUUACGGCGGCAUGAGUGAGGACAACAUGACGGAGCUCCUGGCUAGCGGCCUGAAGAAUGACCACAACAAGGAGACCUUUUCACUGAAGCAUAAGAUCGAAGAUCAGAUGUUUCCUUGCCGCUGGAUUAAAAUAGUUCCCAUCCUGUCAUGGGGCCCCAGCUUCAACUUCAGCAUCUGGUACGUGGAGAUGCACGGGGUGGACUCUCCUGAUGUGGUGCUGCCCUGCCUGCAUUGGUACAGCAAGCCAUCGUUUCCGUCCGCACAGUACCGCGAGCGGGAGGCGAUCCGCUUGUGCCUCAAGCACUUCCGUCAGCACAACUACACGGAGGCGUUCGAGUCGCUGCAGAAAAAGACGCGCAUCGCCCUGGAGCACCCGACGCUCACGGAGCUGCACGACCGCCUCGUGCUCAAGGGCGACUUUGCCGCCUGCGAGCAGCUCGUGGAGAAAUCCGUCGGCGAGGGGCUGUUCAACCACUACAUCAGCCAGCAAGAGUACAAGCCCAGGUGGGCGCAGAUCACACCUAAGAGCUACAAAGAUGACGGCGAUGACAGCCGACCUGGGAUGCGUGGAGGCCACCAGAUGGUCAUCGACGUCCACACAGAGACCGUCUACCUGUUUGGAGGAUGGGACGGAACUCAGGACCUCGCGGACUUCUGGGCGUACAGCGUCUCCAACGGCCAGUGGACGUGCAUCUCCAGGGACACUGCCAAGGAGGGAGGCCCCAGCGCACGCUCGUGCCACAAGAUGUGCAUCGACGUGGAGCGGCGCCACAUCUACACGCUGGGGCGCUACCUCGACUCGCUGGUGCGUAGCAGUAACGCGCUCAAGAGCGAUUUCUACCGCUACUCGAUUGAUGGCAGCAGCUGGAGCCUGCUGAGCGAGGACACGUCGGCCGACGGGGGGCCCAAGCUCGUCUUCGACCACCAGAUGUGCAUGGACUCGGAGUGGCACACGGUCUACACGUUCGGGGGCCGCAUCCUGACCGGCGGGGGCCAGGGCGACGAGAACCGUGGCGGUGGCGGUGGCGGGGAGGCUCAGUUCAGCGGCCUGUAUGCCUACCACUGCCCCACACGCUGCUGGCGCCUGCUGCGCGAGGACUCCAGCAACGCCGGGCCUGAGGAGAUCCAGUCCCGAAUCGGCCACUGCAUGCUCUUCCACACGAAGAACCGCCACCUGUACGUGUUUGGUGGGCAGCGGGCCAAAACGUACCUCAACGACUUCUUCAGCUACAACGUGGACACGGACCACGUGGACAUCAUCUCGGACGGCACCAAGAAGGAGUCCGGCAUGGUGCCGAUGACGGGCUUCACGCAGCGCGCCACCAUCGACCCCGAGCUGGACGAGAUCCACGUGCUGUCGGGGCUGAGCAAGGACAAGGAGAAGCGCGAGGAGAACGUACGCAACUCCUUCUGGGUUUACCACAUCGUCCACAACACCUGGUCGUGCGUUUACAAGAACUUCCAGGCCGGGAAGGAAGGGGCUGCCGGACGCGGCAGCGUGGAGGAGGAGCCGUGCCCUCGCUUUGCUCACCAGCUCGUGUAUGACGAGGUGCACAAGGUGCACUAUCUGUUUGGGGGAAACCCCGGGAAGCCGUCCCUGCCCAAGAUCCGACUGGACGACUUCUGGGCCCUCAAGCUGUGCCGGCCGGCGCGCGAAGACCUCCUGCGCCGCUGCCGAUACCUCAUCCGCAAGCACAGGUUCCAGGAGAAGGCGGUGACGGAGCCCGUGGCGGCGCUCACGUACCUGCAGACGGAGCUGGCCGACACCGUGGAUCACUCCGACCCCACCGAGACGAAAGAGUUCCAGCUGCUGACGUCGUCUCUCUUCAAAACCACGUCAGACUUCAUCCCCCUGGGUUACUCGGACGUGGAUGAGACGUAUGCCCGCCGCUCGCAGCUCUUCGACACGCUCGUCAAUUUCUUCCCCGAGAGCAUGACCCCUCCCAAAGGGAACCUCGUGGAUCUCAUCAGCCUGUGAUGCUCGCCGCUCAGGCUCCGUCUGGCGCCAGUACCACCACCACCACCACUGGUGAUGGACGGCGGCAGCGCCGGCGGAGCUACGGGUGGGGCUGAAGAAGUGGCCACCACCGCCACCACCACCAAACCCAGUGCCUCGCUCGGUCAUUCGCUCGCUCCUGCAGGUGCAGUUAGCCAGCGUAGAAGCAGACUCCCGUGCGGCCGGCUCAGCGUGCGAACAGAGGUUGGUCGCCCGCCUGUGUGCAUGCGCGGUCUGUGGUCGGUGAAUCCAGCCCAGGGCUCCAGUUCAUACAAAAUUACAACAAGGUCGCUGGCAGAACGGAGUCGUUGACUCAUAGCCAUGGCCAGAGCGCGAGAGGUAUUCUGGAUGUGGUGGACCGGGGAGCGGAAAUAUUUAGCGGGUCACCGGCGUGGUUAGACCCGGCUGAAGCCAAGCCCCGGUACCUGUGCGCACAAACGGCGCGUGCCGUGGGUUGCGUAGCGGACCCGUGGCGCGAUGGUACCCAUGGUCAUGCUGCAGCUGUUGCUGCUGAAGCACAUUUCAUCUCAUCACGUCGACUGGCGCCACACAAUGCUGGGCAGGCUUGCGCCACGGCAGGGCGAGGGCUUCCACGCGUGUAUAUUGUAACAUUUUAAACAAACAUUUUGACAAUGAAUUAUUUUUUCCCCCCUUAUAAAGAAUUGUUUUCAAAAGGCA